GCCAGAACCCUGCACCUUGCCAGACAGCGCUUUUUCUGGCCACAAAUGGAAAGAGACAUUAAGGAUUACGUGAAAUGCUGCCGACGAUGUGUCCUUGCAAAAACCCCUGAACCAGCUGCCCGAGCUCCAUUGGAGAGCAUCCACACCUCAGCACCCAUGGAGUUGGUGUGUAUCGAUUUUUGGAGCGCCGAGGAUAGCAAGCAGAGAUCUGUGGAUGUUCUGGUUGUAACAGACCACUUCACAAAGUUGGCUCAUGCUUUCCCCUGUGUAAACCAGACGGCGAAACAAGUUGCAAAGAAGUUGUGGGAUAAUGUGUUUUGCAUAUAUGGUUUUCCGGAGCGGAUUCAUUCCGAUCAGGGAGCCAAUUUUGAAAGCAAACUAAUAUCAGAACUCCUCAGUCUCGCAGGGGUAGCAAAGUCACAUACAACGGCAUAUCAUCCUAUGGGAAACGGACAGACUGAAAGAUUCAAUAGGACGCUAGGCAGUAUGCUACGUUCCUUACCACUGGCAGCAAAACAACACUGGGCACAGCAGAUACAAACCCUGACAUUCGCUUACAAUGCUACUGUGCAUGAAACAACUGGAUAUGCUCCAUUCUAUCUGAUGUUCGGUCGAAUCCCUAGACUCCCGGUAGAUAUGGUCUUCCAGCAGGUCCUUAAGGACACCAAUGUGGUUGACUACAAGACCUAUGCUGGCAAACUGAUGGCGAGCCUUCGUGAAGCUGCUAGUAUUGCCCAGCAGCAUGCAAGAAAAGAACAGCAGCAUCAAGCCGAUGGCUACAACAAAAAGGUCCGGGGCACCUGUCUGAAUGUGGGGGAUAGAGUUUUGCUUGCCAAUAAAGCAGAGAGAGGGAAGAGAAAGUUGGCAGAUAAGUGGGAACCCACAAUCUAUACAGUCAUAGACUGUAAUCCCCAAACUCACAUCUACAAAAUCAAGGAUGAGAGUGGAAAGACCAAGGUGGUGCAUCGGAACUUGAUAUUGGAUGUGAGCUUUUUACCAAUCCCCGAACAAACCGGUGCAGAACCCAGUUCAGCCACCACAGAUGAGAUCAGUGGGUCUCAGACUCGGCUAGCAGAUGCCUUGAGGGGUCUGUCAGAGGAAACUUCAGAGAUCCGGACAAACUCAUGGGUGAGCAUGUCACCGGAUGUUGACUGUGAGUCAUUGGGGGAUGGUAAGGAGACGAAAGAGAUGGAUGAGAGGUCAGAAUCCUCAACUUUGGACACUGAUCAGAUGUCAUGUGCAGGUUCUCAUGACAAUUCUGCAGAUGGUGGGAGUGUGGAACGGAGGGAGGAGGUUUUACCUCCGAGAGACUUGCCUGAUGUUACAGUGGAUGGUGAUCAAGCACCAAUGCAAAAUUCAGGGCUUGAGAGACAUGCUGUCAGGACCCGUACAGGCAGGGUUGUUAAGGCGGUUAAUCGCCUAAUUGAGAACAUGGCCCAGAAACCACUUCCAAGGGGUAUUAUGAGAGGGUUUGGCAGAAAAUCUCAGUCUUUGCUGACUCUGUUCUGAGGUGUGAUAGAUGGGGGUACAGCUACGUACAAAUUGUAGUAUUUUUUAUUUUUUUUAUUUAUUAUUUUUUUUCAUUCAUUAUUCAUCAUCAUUCUUAUGUAUCUUCUUGUUCAUGCACGAUAAAUGUUUUCAUUGGUAGGGUUGUGUGCCAAGAUUGGGUGUGGUGUAUAAGGCACCAUAUUAACUAGGAGACACAGUAGCCUGAUCAACUUCUGUCUUCUCUGAACUUAUUUCAUAAGUAGCUUUUCAUGCUGUAUUGAGGAAUCUGAUUCCGGGGGUCAUCUUGGUUUGAGUGAAUGUGACCAUUGUAGAUUGCACAAAUUACUGAUUACAGUUCCUUCCUAAUGUUUGGGAUUUUGGAGAAAUUAAGGAGGGGUGAAUGUAACGGACAAGGAAAGAGUUUUGUAUAAUUUUUUGUUUUAUUUUAUUAAUUUCACCAAAAUCCUUUCUAUUAUGUGUUUUGACUUAUUUUUAUGAUUAUUUUUAUGUUAUGUCAACAUUAUUUAACAUUGUUUUCAGAAUGAGGUAACCUUAUUUAUUAAUUUUGGCUUCACAUUUUAUGGUUAUUUUAUUCUCAUAGUCAGCACUUUUAUUUUGAAGUUCCAUGAUGUCGGUUGUGAUGUCAGAUCCGCCUCUCCUCAGUGAUCGUUAACCUGAUGGAGAGCGGUAAGUGUUUGAAAUAGCUUAAACUAAAAAGUUCAUUUUUUAAGUUUUAAGUGUAGUUGGAAGCAGUUAAAUUUGAGAAUAUUGGUCUGUGAUGUGUUUGUAAAGGUUUUAGGUCAUGUAUGGUUUGUUGUUCAUCUGCACGUUGAACGAAGAGAGCAAGCUAGCUUGCCGGAGCUCUCCCUGUGGGUGUGUGUGUGGGUGCGGAGGGGUGCGUCUAAGCGCACAUGUUAAUUCAUCUCUCCUUAUCUUUGUUUCUUUGUUUUUGUGUGUUAGGUAGCCGGUCGUGGAAAUGUGUAAACGCUCACACUCAGAAUGUCACAUUACAGAUUGUGGGGAACAGAAUAAAGAAAAUUCACGUGGCAGCAUC